ACGGAGCUACAUUUAAAACAGGCUGCGAAUUCCGGUAACAGACGUUUUAAACGAAUUUUGCCAGUAGUUUUAAAAGGCACGUUUAGCUAUGUUUUAAUUGCCGUGUUAAGUUUAGAGUUUGUGCUCCCCCUUUUGCAGUCAUGUCGUCCAUGGAAGUCCGGAGUGUGCAACUUCCAGUGACUGGUAACCCCCCAAAGAUGACUAAACCAACAGGAGCUGUAACGAGGCGAGCUGCUCUCGUCGAGCGAACCAAUGUGCUCGUGUCAGGAGUCGACAUAAAGGAAAGGGGACAUGGCAAAGCAAUUGGAGUUCGGAAAGUCAAUGCCGUUGCUCCAUUUCAAGUUAAGGCAGCAGCAGACCCCCUUCUGGUUUCAGAGGCAUCGACUGAUGUGUCCAUGAAGGAAGAGGAGGAGGAGGUGGAACUAUGCCAGGCUUUCUCCAAUGCACUGCUCCCAGUGGAUGAUGUAGAUGAGGAUGAUGCCAACAUGCCCCAGCUGUGCUCCGAAUACGUAAAGGACAUCUACAGAUAUCUGCACCAAUUGGAGGUAGAGCAGCCUGUACAUGCCAACUACAUGCAGGGUUAUGAAAUCACCGACCGCAUGCGAGCCCUUCUUAUCGACUGGAUGGUUCAGGUUCAUUCCAGAUUCCAGCUGCUGCAAGAGACCUUGUAUCUCUCUGUUGCGGUCCUUGACCGGUUUCUCCAGAUCCAGCCAGUCUCUCGUAGAAAGCUUCAGCUCGUCGGCGUGACUGCAAUGCUGGUUGCCUCAAAGUAUGAGGAGACUUAUCCUCCGAUAGUGGGAGACUUUGCUUAUGUCACGGACAGCGCGUUCACCAAUGCUCAGAUUUUGGAGAUGGAACAACUGGUUCUAAAGAGCCUCAACUUUCAGCUCGGACGUCCGCUUCCGCUACACUUCCUCAGGAGAGCUUCAAAAGUGGCCAAUUCUGAUGUGGAAAGGCACACGCUGGCCAAGUAUCUGAUGGAGUUGACACUCAUUGACUACGAAAUGGUGCAUUAUCGCCCUUCUGAGAUUGCUGCAGCGGCUCUGUGCCUCUCUCAGCUGCUGCUGAAUGAACUCCCUUGGUCAACUACACAGGAACACUACUCGACAUAUAGCGAGGCCCACCUGAGGCCCAUCAUGCAGCACAUCGCCAAAAAUGUUGUAAGGGUAAAUGGUGGGAAAACUAAAUUCCAGGCUGUCAGGAACAAGUACUCGAGCAGCAAGUUGAUGAAGAUCAGCCUGAUUCCACAGCUCAAUUCACAGCUUAUCAGCAACCUGGCAGCCUGUCUUGAUGCCCUUUGAUUUUUUGUUUUUGUUUUAAUGUUUUACCCCCCCUUUUUUUUGUUUUUAACAGCCACAUGCACUUUCUGAAUUUUACCUACCCCCUUUAUUUUAUUUUUUAUUAAAUAACAAAGUCCUGGAUUGGGAGUUCUUUGUCUUAAGAAUGCAUGCUCAUGUGCCGCUGCUCCUCUUUAUGACAUUAAAGUGACCAGUUGUCGA